UUGUUUUUGUAAAUUAUUUACUGCAUCCACGUUUGUUUUGCCAUGUUGGAAGCACAACAAGAUUCCACAACGGAACGUGAUAUUAAUGAUAUAUUUGAUGAUAUUAUCCUAACCGAAGAGCGUUUAGUGGAGAAAAGCUAUAAAGAAGGAUUUGACGAAGGUUGCCAACAAGGUAACGCCGAUGGUUAUCGUUUGGGUUUUGCUCAAGGCUUGCAAUUGGGAGAAGAACUGGCUGAGAUCUAUGGUUUAGUAAUAGCCUUGCAACAACAAAACAAACACACGGACAAGGUAAAACGUUGUAUGGAGCAGCUGAAAACUUUAAUAGAAGAGUUUCCCAAAGACAACGAUCCAGAAGCGGACAUUAUAGGCACUUUGGAGCAGAUAAGAAAUAUAAAUAAAAGAUUGCGCGUUUCGUUAGGGCAUAAAUCUGUCACUACGGAUAAGCCAUUGGAAAAAGAAAGAAAAGAUUUGUCAUUUUAA